UCCACACAGCCUGGGACUGACAGGACGCUUGCAGCAGCAGUACCCCACAAGCCGCCUGCCAUCGGGGACAUUAGAAAAAAAGAGUCCGCCGAAACUUAGAGGAGAUAGGGCUGGGAGGGGAAUUCAAGCCUUAAAAAAAUAUUUCGAUAUACAAAAAAUAUAGAUCUGCACCUUUCAACCCUUGGCUCGCCGUUUCACCCUCACGUGCGCGGCUGCUCCAGGUUCUGCUCGCGCUUGUGUGUUCUGACCGGAGCGCGCGCUCUCAAACACAGCCAGUGUGUUCUGCUGAAAACCGACCGAACCCCGGUGCGAUCGAACCCUACCAGAGAGGAUGGCUGACAGGGAACAACUGAUCCAAAGAGCCCGUCUGGCGGAGCAGGCGGAGCGUUACGAUGACAUGGCCUCCGCGAUGAAGCUGGUAACAGAACUGAACGAGCCACUGUCCAACGAAGACCGCAACCUGCUCUCAGUAGCUUACAAGAAUGUGGUGGGCGCCCGACGGUCAUCUUGGCGUGUAAUAUCCAGCAUAGAGCAGAAGACAGCAGCGGAUGGCAACGAGAAGAAGCUGGAACUGGUUCAUGUCUACCGAGAGACCAUCGAGAAGGAGCUAGAGUCGGUGUGCCAGGACGUUCUCACCCUGCUGGACCAGUACCUCAUAAAAAACUGUGAUGAGACCCAGGUAGAGAGCAAGGUCUUCUACUUGAAGAUGAAGGGAGACUACUUCCGGUACCUGGCCGAGGUGGCCACUGGCGAAAAGAGGGCCUCUGCUGUCGAAUUGUCCGAAGGGGCCUAUAAGGAGGCUUUCGAUAUUAGCAAGGGCAUGCCGGCCACCCAUCCCAUCCGCUUGGGCCUGGCACUCAACUUCUCCGUCUUCUACUACGAGAUCCAAAAUGCACCCGAGCAGGCCUGCCAGCUAGCCAAGGAGGCUUUUGAUGAUGCUAUCGGCCACCUGGACAAUCUGAACGAGGACUCCUAUAAGGACUCCACGCUCAUCAUGCAGCUCCUGAGGGACAACCUCACCCUGUGGACCAGCGACCAGCAGGACAGCGAAGGAGGGGAUGCCAAUAACUGAGAGACCUGCUCUAUCUGCUCUCAUUUCUAGCUGUAGUAGCACCCAUCUAUCCCUCCUACAAUGUCUUUAUACUAUAUCUUAUUUCUCUCUUUCUACUUAUUCAAUUGUUUUCUUCUCCAUUCCAUCCUUUCUGUCUCUUUGUGACACCUAGAUGCUCCUUUUUGGUUCCUCAGGGCUGCACUUUAGACCCUUUUUAGUAGGAAUGGGAAUCAUAAGGAAUUUAACAAUUCUGGUUCCGAUUCCAGUUCCAGUUAACGAUUCUGGUUCUACUUCCAAUUGCGCUUAAUCUGAUUUCAAUUCCACAUAAUAAUUAACAAUUCUGGUUCCAAUUCUACCUGCAGUUAACGAUUCUGGUUUAGAUUCCAAUUCCACUUAAAGAAGAAAGAAUGGUUGUAAUGUUUGGUAACAAAUGUUUGAUAACAUGUAUAUUUACUCCAUCUAGUGGUUUGCCUCUCUUGUAAACCCAUACCUUGGAAAAAAAAAUUUUUUUUUGGGGGGGGGGGGAUUUUUCCCUUUUUUCUCCCAAUUUGGAAUGCCCAAUUCCCAAUGCGCUCUAAGUCCUCAUGGUCGCAUAGUGAUUCGCUCCAGUCCGGGUGGCGGAGGACGAAUCCCAGUCGCCUCUGCAUCUGAGACAGUCAACCCGCUCAUCUUAUCACGUGGCUUGUUGAGCGCGUUGCCACGGAGACACGGAGGCUUCACGCCAUCCACCGCGGCAACCACACUCAAUUCACCGUGCGCCCCACCGAGAACAAACCACAUUAUAGUGACCAUGAGGAGGUUACCCCAUGUGACUCUACCCUCCCUAGCAACCGGGCCAAUUUGGUUGCUUAUGAGUCCUGGCUGGAGUCACUCAGCACGCCCUGGGAUUCGAACUAGCGAACUCCAGGGGUGGUAGCCAGCGUAUUUUACCACUGAGCUACCCAGGCCCCCUCAUACCUUGGAAAAUUAAGAAUUUUGUGGCUUUUAAUCCAUGUGUGUUAAGCUUUGAGACCAUCUGUAUUCUAGUAUACUCGUAAAUGUUGACAAAAUUUACUUUUCGUAGAUAUUUGCAUUUAAAAUGUAAAGUCUUUCUCUUCUGUGAAAAUAUUGAUGACUCAUGUUGCAUAACACAGAUUUUUGUUUCCCUCCCCCUACUACCAACUGCACCCAACUAGUAAGUAGCAAUGUUAAAUAGCCUGUUGGCCAUUACAAAAGGUGUCUUUUGGAAGCAUUCAGAUGUUCCAGAAUCGUUAGCGGAACCGAACGUCAUGAAAAUCAUCAGGUUCCAGUGUCUUUUAAGGAAUGGUUCUCAAUUCCCAAUCCUACUUGUUAGUUCUUUCUAUCUCUUUUUGUUUUGUCUCUUUCUUUGUUUUCCUGCCUUUCACUGUUUUCUUCCUCCUCUGUCCGUGACCAAUUUUUCUGUAUGCCGUUUGCUUCCUCCUCCACAUGAUGAGUUGCAGAUAAUUAGCCUACUGGUCUCCAUGUGACAUUUACUUAGUGUGUACUUGUAAGGACUCAAUCUUCGUAGAAACUCUAUAACACUUAUUACAGGAAGAGGUCUUCAGUAUGUGGCACAGUACAGUGCUGAUGUUACACCUUUACCAAUUACGUUUUUCUUCUUCUUCACUUGUCCUUGAUCUGUACAUCCAUCACUGCUUAGAUGUGUUUGUCUGUCGACCCCCCCAUGAAGCUCACCUUGUACACCUUGCUAGCCCUGUGAAUUGUGUUUGUCUGCUGAUCUCAGAACAGUACGUCGUCAUCUAAAAUGUAGGCGGCACUGUUACGAGAUGCAGUGAUUCAAGAGUCUUUUGAUUAGGAUUACAUAUGCAAGGUUAUGGCAGAAUGACAUUAAAGACAUUGCGUACCAUGGGAACUCUCAA